AAGAAAUCAAAGGAAAUGAAAAUGGAGGAAUCAAAGGAGAAGAAAGGUGCAUCCUGGGACUCUGGCAAGAGUCCAGCGAAAGAAGAAAGCCACGAAUGGUCCUCUGGGGAAAAGGAGUGGAGAGCAGGAGAAAAAGAAUGGCCCGCUGAGAAGAAAAAAAUCGAACUGAAGGAACAGGAGUCUAAGAAGGAAAUGGAAGAGAAGAUGAAAUCGAAGGAAAUUAAGAUUGAGGAGUCGAAGGAGAAGAUAGGUGCAUCCUGGGAUUCUGGAUCGUGGAAAGAAGAAAGUCGCGAAUGGUCCUCUAGUGAGGAGGAAUGGAAGGAAGGAGACAAAGGGUGGUCCUCUGGAGAGAAAGGGUGGAAGGAAGGAGACAAAGAAUGGUCCUCUGGUGAAACGGAUUGGAAGAAAGGAGACAAAGAGUGGUCCUCUGAAGAAAAGGAAUGGAAAGAAAGUGACAAAGAAUGGUCCUCUAGUGAGAAGGAAUGGAAUGCUGGUGGCAAAAGUUGGUCCUCUGAGAAGAAGAAUAUCGGAAUGAAAGAAGAAGAGCAUACGAACAUUAAAAAAUCAGAAGAUGUUGAGUUGACAGCAAAGGAUGUAUUGUUGAAAAAACAUGGUUCCAGUAUAGGCAAACCAAUUGCUGAAGAUUCCAUUGUUCGCUAUCUAAACGAAAGACCUGCAUUGCUUCAUGCUACUGGACUUAAUAAUGCAUGGUCUAAGGGGAUACCGGUGGAGUCAGAUACUGUUCAUGGAGCUCACAAAUCUGAUGUGAUGUCACCUAAGCCUUGGAGUUCAGGGCCUGAUAAAAUUAAGAGCCCAUUACUCAAAAAAGGUACACAUGUAUCGGAAAACGAAUGGUCUGAUAAAAAAGACAAUUUGAAGUCUCAUAUAGGUCUCGUAGACAAAGUAGAAACACAGGUACCUAAUCCUUUGAUAAAAACUCAUCCGCCAACUACUCUGCACACAGGAUUAAUUGACGGACACUUAGACUCCGACAAAGGGUCAUGGAAAGAAGAAAGCAACGAAUGGUCCAAUGAAAAUUGGUCAUCAUUAGAUGCAACCAAAGAGGCUACUGCCCUUGGCAAAAAAAGCAAAGUUGCAACUUCUAGUAAUUCCAAAGAAGUUAUAAGAGCGAACAAUGAAAAAAGUAUAAAAAUCGAAAAGGAAGAAAGGAAAGAAUCUUCAAAGAGCGAAGAAAUAAAGAUUUCAAAUAACGAAGACACGGAAAAGUGGCGACCGAUUUCCAAUAAGUUUAGGAAGCCGUCAACAAAGAUCGAGAAUAAAGGUGGACCAUCUGGAUCUUGGGAGUCAGCUGAGUCACAAUCCGAUGAAAAAGAAACCUCAGAAUCUAGCGAAUCCUUAGGUCAUACAAAAUCGGACAAUGCCGCAGAAAAUAAAAAUUGGAACACCGUGCUGUACCGAAUGCUCGAAUCUGUUCUAUCGAUUGCACGACCUUGGGAACACGAGGCAAAUGUGAUUGAAGAUAAAUCGAAAGCAUGGGAUUCCAAAAUGAAAACGAAGACUGCGACGGAUCUGAGCAAGAAAUCGCAAAAACUGGAUAUUUUUGUGGUGAAACAAGCCGGAAACGGACCCGUGAGAGUUGCAGCUGUGUCCGACAGAAAGCCUUCUUCCAUAACGAAACUAUUAGUCCCGAAGAAAACUUACAAAGAAACGAUUCGGGCAUAUAGGAAGUAUAUAAUCAAAGAUGGCAUAGCAUAAAGUUGACAAUUAAUCACAAUAGCUAAAUUUUAAGAAAUAAUGGAAAUUUAAUUGUUAACCAAAUAGCUAUUAUACUUAAUCUGUUAGUUUUGUAAGUAAUUUAAGUGACACACCUUACGGCGAAGAAAGUUAAAUGUUAAAAAUCCGUCACAAUGAAGAUAGACAUCGGGUUUAUUUAAUCUUACCACUAUCCUGUUAUUUCUAUUGACGUGUACACAACGAAUAAGUUCUCCGGAAAUCAUACAUUUUUCAU